AUGGACCACCCAUUCUCUUUGAGGAGGAAAGAGAUCAUUAAUGGUGAACCUCUGGACAUUGACUUCCUUCGUGUUGUCACACAAGUGCGACUAGGAAGAUGUUGUAUGGACCAAGCAAAGAGAGAAAGGGCCACUUUUUAUGGUAACACCAUGAUGGAUGUGAAGGAGGAGACCAUAAAUGUUAAGGAGGAGGAAUGUGAAUUGAAGUGUGUCCCCCCUAAACAGGAGAACCUGGGCAUUAAGGAGGAGGACUAUGAACUGGGGUCUGUGGGCAUUAAAGAAGAAGCUGAAGAGAAGUGUGUCAGCAGUGCAACUAACCUCCAGACAAGUGUCAAGGAAGAAGACCUUCAUUAUGCAUGUGAAAAUGAUGCAGUGACCGGGUCUGUCUCCUCUCAAAUCAAUCGCUCUUCAUCUCCGGAGUCUUCUGUCCAUGUAAUGUCUGAAUUAUUAAAGUCUGACAUAGAGGAAACUGAAGAUAUUUCAUCUCUUACAACUCAGGAAAAUCAGCCACCACCUACAAAGAACACUAGAACAAGAAACAAAGAUCACGACAGUGUGGAAUGUGGCAAAGAAUUCCCUGGCAAGAGUGAUCUUCAGAUCUACACUAGAGUUCACACCGGAGAGAAGCCGCAUCACUGUAAUGAAUGUGGUAAACAGUUUUCACAUAAAAGCCAUCUUCAGACACACAUUAGAAUUCACACUGGAGAGAAGCCAUAUUGCUGUAAUGAAUGUGGUAAACAGUUUUCACAUAUAAGCAGUCUGAAGGACCACACUAGAGUUCACACUGGAGAGAAGCCAUAUUGCUGUAAUGAAUGUGGUAAACAGUUUUCACAAAUGAACCAUCUUCAGGUCCACACUAGAGUUCACACUGGAGAGAAGCCGUAUUGCUGUAAUGAAUGUGGUAAACAGUUUUCACAAAUGAGAAGUCUGAAGGGCCACACCAGAGUUCACACUGGAGAGAAGCCGUUUAUCUGUAAUGAAUGUGGUAAACACUUUUUACAUAUAACCAGUCUGAAAAAGCACACCAGAGUUCACAACAGAAUCAAAACAGGAGCAGGUCAAAACAACAACAAAACAUCCUUCAGGACUCCAAAGUGA